GCGUGCGCACAAUGAUCUUAACUUCAAUGGCAGCACCACACGGAUCGUACGCUGGUAGAUCCCAAUGUCAACAAACUGCGGCUGUCAAAGCAGAACUAACCUCUUUCAUGCGAAAUAAAAAUACCAAGCAUUCCUGAUGAAAUGUGGCUGCAGAUAUAAUUGAUUUUACACUUUAAUUAUGGACAGUCACUCUGAAGAAAACACCAUAACGUCGGAGAUAAUACAGACUAUACGUAGCAACAAUUUCGACGUUUUUAAAAAACUUGUGGACAUUUCUCCCGAAAAAUUUCGCUGGCUCCAAAAUGAUCUUGGUUUGUUGUUACUGCACGAAAUUAUUCGAGAAAAUCAAAGAGAAAUGUUUCUAUAUAUACUAGAGUAUCAAGACACCAACAACCGGAAAAUAGGUUUAAAAUGUAUGCUGGAUUUUAGUAGCAACGACCAUGAGUACUAUGUCUACGAGCUAUUAAAAGACCGCUUGUUAAUACAUGAACAGUACAAAUUUGAUAGUCUUUUACAGUGGGCUAUUGGAAAAUCGUGGCUGAAUUUGACAAAAUUUUUGCUAGAAUCAGGGGUUGAUCCGAAUCUCAGAGAUAAAUUUGACAAUACACCUUUACAUAACAUUUUGCUUAAAUGUUCAAAUGAGGACCGUUGUGAAUUUGUUUCUAUGUUGUUGUACUAUGGAGCGGAUCCUUCGAUUCAAACUCACAAAGGAUACAAUGCUUUUGAACUUGCACUCCAGGAAAAACAUCCUUUUUUGUUGCAAGAAAUACUCCACUACACGUUCGAUAAACACACACAUUUGACAAUCUUUUCUAACAUUCUGCUAGAACUUGCGAAGGAAAAGUCGACACUCUUCUAUGAGAUACUUUCGAAUGACGUAGAAGUCGUUGUUAACGAUACUCCAAAGGAAUUUUGUAGGACUUUAUACGACCUACUGACGAUAGAUCUACAUGAGUUGCAACUACUUUUAAAGAGACAUAGUUCUAUGGCAUGCGAAAUUUUUGAAAAAUGUAGUACUGAUAUCUUGUGUGACUCUUUAAACGUUUUGUCUUAUGUUUGGAAAGAUGAAAUGUAUCCCAUGCUAGGAGACCCCAACAUUAUCACAAAUCUGGACUAUCUUUAUGAAAGCAGUGAGGGACUCCGUCAUCACAUUCAAAAUUUUUGUACAAAUCUAGACAGUUUGAGAGUUUUUAAUUCACUAAUAACUCAUUUGGAGGCACACAAACUAAUUUUCUACUUGUUAACACGUGGUUUAACAACAAAUUUAGAUCUUGUAGAUACGACUUUCGAAAAGUUUGGUUACUGUCCAUUAUUCAAACUUCUGUUACAUAUCAAGCCUCAAGAGCUCAAACAAAGGAAAGCAGGCUUUGUGACCAAAAGGAAAAAUGCCGUUGUGAAAUUAAUCUGGGACGUUGAUACAGAUUUGGAAAUAUUUUUUCGAAAUCUGGAUGAUACAGCGCGGAACGUCGAAGAUCUCUUGAAUUACUUUGCGCAUCCGGAGCUGAUGCACUGUUUGUUGAAGUUAUCCACAGAAGGUAAAUUAUCAGAAGAGAUUUCGAGACAAUUAGAAGGUCACCCGCGAGUACCUCGCCUAGUUGAGUUGUCAAGAAAUGUCUUCCGAAAGUAUCUCGUAAAAACAUUCACUGUUGGCAGUACGAGACAGUUUUACAGUAUUGUUAAUGCCCUACCAAUUAGUAGGAUCUACAAGAACAUUAUCACAUUAGAAACUAAACUGUAUUAAAUCGAAAAAUAAAGAUGUUUACUAUUAAGUUAAAAAAAUCUGAGUGUGUUUAUACCGGUGAU